CCUCCUGAUGAGCACCUUGCUGCUAAUGGCACGGAUAAUGAGAGAUUUAUGACUUCUGGCUUUUUGAUAGCGGACCAGAACUCAUUUGUCCGUUCCAUGGCGGAUCGUGUAAUCAUCUCUGCAGGCAGCCAGCUACAGCUUCAAGAAGUGACGCAAAAGCAAUGGGGCACUGAUGGUCAGAGGACAUGCACAGGCCUUCAGUGGGAGAGUGCUGCGGAGAGAAAAUCAAGCUCUACCAAGGAAUCUCUGUCAUCACAAAAUAUAACAUUGAUUUCACCGAUAGUCAUUUCACAGAUGAUUGAUGAGAAUAAAUCAAAAGAAGAUUGGCCCGCUUUACCUAUGCAGUCCAUGAUCCCCCAGCCCAGUGCUUAUCGCACGAUGCAAUCUUUGGCUAACCCUGGUUCAGUCAACAUCAACAGAGCAUUUAUGGUACUUCCUAGCAGAUUAGAAAUUCAGGCAUCUUUAGACGACACCACGUCUCCGUUGGACUCUCCCAUCGCAGCGGAAAAACAGUGUCAAAACCAGCAGAAAGGGUUUGCCUCCAUAACUAUUACUGCCAGGCGUGUCGUUGUGGACUCCAGCAACCCAGCACAUGGACCUGGGGCUGUGCAGGAGCCCAAUGGUGUGUCACCCACCUCGAGCAAAGUUCCUGCUGCCCUCCAUCGCUGGCCUCCACCAGGCCACUCUAACCAUCACGCAGCUCCAUUGAAGAUUUCUGAAUUUUGCUCACAGUUAGGUGAAGAGCCACGAAAGCGGCUCUUUGACCCUGGAAACAAGGAGAACGAUGCGAGUCUUCAAAGUAGUGAUGGGAAAGAGAAAGUACCACCUUUGUUCACCUCGUGUGUCCACCUUCAAGUUUCUCAGCAGUGUCCAAACACCAUCUAUUAUUUAGACAAGUCGCUCAACGUGCGCAUUGACCAACCUCGAAUUAAAUGCCAAAAAAUUCAUAGAUCGGCGUUGUCCUUCAAUAUAAAUUGCAGUUCGUCUAGAUUAACAGCAGAUGGAGUAGAUGGCAUAGCUAAUGGAGAGCCAGUAGAAGAGAUACUUCAAACAAAGCUCCUAGGAGAAAACAAGACUCUACUCAGAUCAAACUUGAGUGCAGACUUAACAGAAAAUAAUGUAAUUAAUAAAGAGAAAACAAAUGAAGGUUAUCUGGGUAGUAAAUACCCUUUGCAAAUUGUCUUUGUCUCUGAACUUCCAGCAUUUGUGGAUAUUCUCAGAGGACCUAAUAACAGAGUAACAACAAAGAAAGAUGAUGAUAUGCGGUCUGGCAGCUAUCACACUACAUUGUCUCUCCAGCUUCCUAAUUCAAGUGAUGAAGCAGAAACACAAACGCUGAGGGGAAGCAAGGGGAAGCCGUGCACCACAGGCAGGAGCAGCGCAACAGCCUCUGACUCUGUGCCAGACACAGCGCCCAGCAAGGCAAUCACUGCUGCUACUGAUGGCUCAUUGAAAAAGAGAGAUCACUCCAAAGCCACCUCCAAAUCCAAAGAGAUCCAAGCACAGGGCAUCCUGAAACCAAAAAUGUCUGUCUCCAGUAGUAUGUGCAAUAUAAAAGCUUCAUCAAGAAUCCUCUUGGAAGAAAAUGUUCACGGGCAAAACCAGCUCCUAAAAAGUGAUUAUGAAUUCCGUGGUUCAAGUGACAAAAUAAAGGAGCGCAAGGAGGAGGACGAGCGGGAGCCAGCCAGCAGGGGAACACUGUCUGUGGCUCGCUCGCCAGAUGUUACUCGCAAGAAAAACGACAUGCUCGCCCAGCCAGAAACCAGCUCCCAGCCCCAGGAAAACCCACCAGCCCCACGGACACUGCGG